AUGGAACACCCAAAUAACUCCCAGGGCGAACCACUCUCAGGAAGAGCUUCCGAGUUGGCCAACUCGUUCCUGACCGAGCUCACUACUGAACUGUCGACACCACCUAUGGGUUCCUCUGCCAAACGCGAGUUCAGCGGACAAGAGGAACCGGAUCGCAGAAGCACUCGCCAUAGAGGAGAACGGGGCGAAUCCAGGGACGGGGACAGGGACAGAGAAAGGGAGCGAGACAGAGACAGACAUCGUUCUUCCAGCUCACGACACGAACGCGGCGACCGUGAGCGCAGCGAGAGGGGCGAAAGACAUCGCAGCGAAAGAGGCGAGAGGGGCGAGCGUGCCUUUGAUGAACGCGAGCGGGGUGAUCGUGAGAGGCGCGGAGGCGAGCGGGAGCACAAGGACCGUAGCGAGCGCGGUGAACGCGACCGGGGCGACAGGGACCGUGGCGACCGUGAUCGCCGAGACAGAGAUCGCGACUAUGAGAGAUAUGAGAGAGACCGUCGUGACCGUGACCGUAGCCGUGAGAGACGCUCUGGACGGGACGAUCGCCACCGUGACAGCAGAUAUGGCGGCAGGAGAUCGAGCAGGAGCCGCAGCCCUCCCCGCGACAUGUCGCCCAUGCUGGACGAGCACAACAUUCUGCCUAUCAACAAGCGUGUCCGAAAGCUCAAGAACUGGGAUCUUCCUCCUCCUGGAUAUGAAGACAAGACUGUGCAGGAAGUCAAGGCGUUGGGAAUUUUCCCUCCCCCUGGACAGCCCGCUGUUCUUCGAUCAGAGAUUCUUCAAGGAAUGGACCCUGAGCGUGCAGCCCAGUUGGUGCACGAGUUGCCGCCUCGCCCUCUACGUAUGAACUACCCUCCUAUGGGCGGACCAGGUGGCAUGGGCGGGCAUUUCAACAACAUGGGCUUUGGAGGAUUCCGCAACAAUCACCACAAUAACAACGGCGGCCCCCCAGGUCCUAAUGGCGUAGAUCACACAGUCGGAAGGCAGCAGCGGAGACUUUACUGUGGAAACCUUCCUGCUGGUAUCAACGAGGAAUCGUUGGCGGACUUUUUCAACCAGACUAUGAUGAGCAUGAACCUUACAACAGCGUCGGGAGCACCCGUCGUGUCUGUCCAUAUCAAUUUCGACAAGAACUAUGCCUUCGUCGAGUUCCGCACGCCUGAGGAGGCCACCGCUGCGAUGGCAUUUGACGGUAUUGUUUUCCAAGCCCAGACGCUCAAGAUCCGUCGCCCCAAAGAUUACCAGCCCCCAGAGGGAACAAUCCAGGAGGUUCCUCAGAUCCAUGUUCCAGGAGUUAUCUCGACAAAUGUUCCGGACAGCGAAAACAAGAUUUUCAUUGGAGGUCUCCCUCUCUACCUGAACGACGAGCAGGUUAUCGAGUUGCUCACUGCAUUCGGAGAAUUGAAGGCGUUCAACCUGGUCAAGGAAAACAAUAUUGGACCUUCCAAGGGAUUUGCCUUCUGCGAGUAUCUUGAUCCUAACUUGACGGAUAUCGCAUGCCAGGGUCUCAACAACAUGAUGCUGGGAGAGAAGAAGCUGGUGGUGCAGCGUGCCAGCGUUGGAUCGUCCAGGAACAACCAGAACCCCGCGGGAGGCGCCAAUGCGAUCGCAUUACAUCCCAACUUGAUGCUCCCUGGUGCAGGACCUACUGAAGUUGUUCCCACCGACGUCUUGCAGCUGUUGAACAUGGUCAGCCCCGAGGAGCUUGAAGACGAUCAAGAAUACGAAGAUAUUAUUGAGGAUAUUCGGGACGAGUGCUCCAAGUUUGGGCGGGUUCUUGAGGUCAAGAUUCCUCGGCCGGUUGCGGGACAUGCGGUGCCUGGAGUGGGCAAGAUCUUUGUGAAGUUUGCCAGUGCCGAGGAGACGACGGUAGCGUUGAGCGCGUUGUCGGGACGUAAAUUCGCGGACCGCACUGUGUUGACAUCAUUCUACGACCCUGAGAGGUUUGCUGCGAACGAGUUUUAA